AAAACCAUAUUAAAGGUUAGGGAGACUAAAACAACUCCCUCACUCUUCCUUUCUCUACUAUCCUGGUACCACACCCAGAAUGGAUAUUCGCCUUUCGCUCGUCGUCCUCCUCUUAAGCUUAGCAUUGGUGGCCGAGUUGUCGUCGUCGUCGCCGUUGUCGGGUGAUGCCUACUGGGUUGUUGGUGGGUCACGGCCUAAAUGUAAUGGUCUGGUUGGGGACUGCAUUGGGGAAUCAAAUGAGAUGAUGAUGGACUCCGACGUCGCUCGACGAGGUCUUUAUCGACGCCGAAGGUAUAUUAGCUAUGAAGCAUUGAAGGCAAACAGGAUCCCAUGCCGCAGACCCGGUCAAUCCUACUAUGAUUGCAGGAAAAAUCUGAAGAUUAAUCCUUACAGGCGAAGUUGCACCAUGGCCACACACUGUGCCAGGGAUCUCCGUUAAGAAUAUUGAUACAGAGAGAAUCAUGCACCCCUUAUUCUUUCUAUUCCAUUGUUUUCUUCCUCUCAUCUGAUCUGAUCUUCAAAUACAAAAAAGAAUUAAAAAAAUAAAAAAAGGGAAAAUUUAUUAUGGGUUUUAUUACAAAUAAAAAGGGUAUAUAUAUUGUGGUAAACUCUGAAAGAAUCACCCUUCUUGCCAUUGUUUCUCCUCUCAUCUCCAUUUAAAUGAUAUGCUAGUACUUCUAUUUUCCUUUUUUUUUUUUUUUUUUGGGAGUGGGGGUGGUUUAUUGUUCCUUUGCAUCUAGUACCAAACUGAAAAAUACUUUUUUUUUUCUUUUAAUAGCAGAAAUUGAUCCACAGAGUGAUUGAUUGAUCUGAAAAUUAACAUUUGCUUCAAUGAUGUACUUCAGUUGGAAAACAUUCCAAUAGUGAUUCCCUUUUAUGCUUC